AAUCAUAAAAUUCUAGCACCAGAUAUUUUUAGCUGACUGAUGCUGACAAACAAGCAGAGCAGCAAUGGCUGCUUCACUCUCUCUCCACUGCCACAAUAGACCACCCUUAUCCUUAGACAAUACCUUGCUUAGAAAUCCCACCAUCACUAUUCCAAUGACCGCCCAGAACAGCACCAACUGUCCAAAUCAACCGCACCCAUGUCUUGUUUCACUGGAAAAAUGCUCCAGCAUGUCCGAGCUCAAGCAAAUCCAUGCCCAAAUGCUCAGGACCGGCCUCUUCUUCGAACCCUUUGAAGCCGGCAAACUUGUGGGCUUUUGCGCCCUCCAAGACUCUGGAAGCCUCCAUUAUGCUCGUCUCGUCUUCUCUCAAAUCCACAAUCCCACACCUUAUACUUAUAAUUCUAUAAUCCGAGGAUACACAAACCAGAACUUACAUAGAGACGCACUUUUUUUCUAUCAAGAGAUGAUAGUUGAAGGACAGAUACCGGAUAGAUUUACAUAUCCUUCGUUGUUCAAGUCAUGUGGAAAUUUAUCCGAGGGGAAACAGCUUCAUUGUCACUCCACAAAAUUCGGUUUCGCAUCAGAUUCCUAUAUCCAGAACACUUUGAUGAAUAUGUAUUCGAAUUGCGGUUGUUUGGUGUCAGCUAAAAAGGUAUUUGAUAAAAUGGUGGAAAAGAAUGUGGUUUCAUGGGCAACAAUGAUUGGUGCUUAUGCGCAAUGGGAACAACCCCACGAAGCAUUGAAGCUUUUUGAGAGAAUGGAGAGUGAAAAUGCGAGUCCGAACGAGGUUACGUUGGUCAAUCUCCUGACUGCUUGUGCAAGAGCAAAAGAUUUGGCAUUGUUGAAGACGAUUCAUGAGUACAUUGAUGAAAAUGGUUUUGGAUCCCAUGAGGUCCUCAAAACGGCUCUCAUGGAUGCUUAUUGCAAAUGUGGUUGUGUAUCACUGGCAAGAGAUCUAUUUGACAAGAUGCAGGAAAAGAACUUGUUUUGUUGGAAUAUCAUGAUUAAUGGGUGCGUAGAGGAUAGUGAUUAUGAAGAGGCUUUGCUACUCUUUCGUCAAAUGCAAGUUCAGGGUGUCCAAGCGGAUGAGGUCACCAUGGUGAGUUUAUUGCUUGCUUGCAUCCAUUUGGGUGCUCUUGACCUUGGUAAGUGGUUACAUGCCUAUAUCAAGAAGCGAAAAAUCAACGUGGAUGUUGCCCUAGGAACAGCAAUGGUAGACAUGUAUGCGAAGUGUGGAAGCAUAGAAAGAGCAUUAUGCGUGUUUCAGGAGCUGCCUAAGAAAGAUGUUAUGACUUGGACAGCCUUGAUUGUUGGUCUUGCUAUGUCUGGGCAAGGGGAGAUGGCUCUGGAGUAUUUCCAUGAGAUGCAGGGUAACGGAAUUAAGCCUGAUGCAAUCACAUUUGUGGGGGUUCUGGCUGCGUGUAGUCAUGCUGGACUUGUGGAUGAAGGGAUCGCACACUUCAAAUCAAUGGCUGAUACCUAUGGCAUUCAGCCUACGAUUGAGCACUAUGGUGGUUUGGUCGAUAUAUUAGGCCGAGCUGGUCGGAUAGCUGAAGCAGAGGAGUUGAUAAAGAAAAUGCCAAUGGCACCAGAUCAUUACGUUUUAGGGGGUCUUCUUGGUGCCUGCAGAAUCCAUAGAAAUCUUGAAGCUGCAGAGAGAGCAGCCAAACGGCUUUUGGAGCAGGACCCGGAAAAUUGUGGAGCAUAUGUACUCUUAUCUAACAUUUAUAAAUCAUCAAGGAGGUGGGAAGAAGCUAAAAGAAUCAGGGAACUGAUGGUGAAAAGAGGCAUGAGAAAACCCCCAGGAUGCAGCCUGAUUGAGGUUGAUGGAGUUGUCCAUGAAUUUGUAAAGGGUGAUUCAUCCCACUCUCAAUCCUUAGAGAUCCAUAAAAUGCUGGAGGACAUGAUUAGCCGCUUAAAGAAAGCUGGUUAUGUUCCUAAUAAAGCAGAAGUGUUAUUUGACAUGGAUGAAGAGGAAAAGGAGACUGCACUCAGCCUUCACAGUGAGAAACUGGCAAUUGCAUUUGGCCUCUUAAACACAAGUCCUGGGAUGCCACUCCGAGUUGUGAAAAACCUUCGCGUGUGCAGUGAUUGCCACACAGCCACAAAGCUCAUAUCAAAACUCUACAAUCGAGAGAUAAUUGUGAGGGACAGGAGUCGGUUUCACCAUUUUAAAGAUGGAUUUUGUUCAUGCAAGGAUUUCUGGUGACAUAAGAAACAAUAGAUUGUUCUGAUAUAGUUCAAAAUUAACAAAUUUUUUCAGCACUACAUUCACAAAA